AUGAUAUUAUUCAGCAACUACUCCACUGAUACAUUUUCUGAGUUCUUCCUCAUCUGCUUCCCUAACUAUCAGACUUGGCAGCUCUGGCUGUCCCUGCCCCUCAGCCUCCUCUUCCUCCUGGCCAUGGGGGCCAACAUCACCCUCCUGAUCACCAUCUGGCUGGAGGCCUCUCUGCACGAGCCCAUGUACUACCUGCUCAGCCUUCUCUCCUUGCUGGACAUCGUGCUCUAUCUCACCGUCAUCCCCAUCCUGGCCAUCUUCUGGUUUGACCUCAGGUCCAUCAGCUUCUCUGCCUGCUUCCUCCAGAUGUUCAUCAUGAAUAGUUUCCUGUCCAUGGAGUCUUGCACAUUUAUGGUCAUGGCCUAUGACCGCUAUGUCGCCAUCUGCCACCCUCUGUGGUACCCAUCCAUCAUCACGGACCAAUUUGUAGUCAAGGCUAGUGCUUUCAUUUUGGCUCAGAAUGCUUUGUUGUUUGUACCUCUCCCCAUUCUUUCUGCCCAGCUCCAUUAUUGUGGGAGAAAUGUCAUUGAGAACUGUAUCUGUGCCAACCUUUCUGUCUCCAGGCUCUCCUGUGACAAUUUCACCCUCAACAGAAUCUACCAGUUUGUAGCUGGCUGGACCUUGCUGGGCUCGAAUUUCAUCCUCAUCUUCCUCUCCUAUAGCUUCAUCCUAGGAGCUGUGCUUAGAUUCAAGUCAGAGGGGACUGCUGUCAAGGCUCUGAGUACGUGUGCCUCCUACUUCAUCCUCAUCCUCUUCUUCAGCACCAUCCUGCUGGUUGUGGUGUUGACCAAUGUGGCCAGAAAGAGGGUCCCCAUGGACAUCCUCAUCUUCCUCAAUGUCCUUCAUUAUCUCAUCCCCCCUGCCUUGAACCAUAUUGUAUAUGGGUUUCGAAGCAAAGAAUUAAAAUUGGGGUUUCAGAGGUUGCUUCAGAGGGGUCUUUGA